CUCUAAGCUCAUCCAAGAGGGCCUGCAUCGCAGCCGGCCUUUCGUAUAAAAAUCCACGCUCACGCAUCGAAAAAUUGGAAUGCUCUUUCUCAAUUGUCUGUGCCUUGUAGUUCCCCUUCAAUCUUAGCAAGAGUAUCCACUGAUAGACAUGGCCAACCGCUGAUCCAUGGGAAUUACCGAAGAUGGUCCUGUUAUAACUUAUAACCGCCUCAAGCGUAUCUGGUGGAGAUGGUGGGAUGACGGCCGAGCAGAGUGGAUUCCAGUUUCCCUUUACAGCGUUCCCUGCAACUCUCGCCCAUACCCUUGCCCGCUCUACGACUGCUAAUGCGCUCUCGAUGAGUGCAGAGCUCGCUUUCUGCCCCUGUGCCGGCUGUCGACAUCAGUCGCAGUCUGUCGUUGGUCGCCGAAUCCAGCGUGCUGCCGCAGUGGGCAAGGAAGCAGGCACAUGCGAUGUGAUCGUACGUGCAUUCCGCCAAUGCGGAGUGGAGGCAUCUUCACUGGUAUUAUUAUUAUUAGUAAUGAUGCCCGUCGGCUCUCCAGACUCUAGCUUUGCCUCCUUGGGGCAACGCAUGGCUCGGAGCCGUACCGAGGCCUACAUCGCGAACCCGACUACUUCGCAUGAGAAGUCGUUGGAGAUGGUGAAACGUGUGGCAGUAAUGAAUAGUGGAUCGUGAAUCGUGUGUUGUGCAUUCAGACGAUGCUGGGGUGGAAAAGAUUCGUCACACAGAAAUACGCUUAGUGGUAAUAAUUAGGGAAAUGAAGGAUUGGGAAAGCGCUGUUGAUGCCUGAAAG